AAUUUAUUGAAUACAUUUUGGUUUACAGUACCUCUCUUAAAUUGUUCAACAGUAAAAUGCCAAUGCGGGCAUGGUGACUGAACGAAGACGGAUGGCAUUUAUGGAUGAGAUGGCAAAGAAUCGGAGAAAUGAUCAGUUAAUGAGACAAGCAUUCAUUACCCCCUUCUUAGCAAUUGCUGAAGCGAUGAGCACGCGCGCGUCAUCGCGUACGUUCGCGGGUUCAGCCGAGUUUGGCUUUCCCAAAGCGGAUAACGACCAUUGUCGAUUGAAGGGUCAUUUGUCCCAGUAGUUGCAUCCCACAACCUUCAAAAGCCGAGGUGUGGCGAGUGUACAUGGGUUUUCUGUUGAGAAUAAACUUCUAUGCUCCAGUGCUUCUGUUAAGUGUUUGUUAAGUGCUUUGUUUUUGACGCUCACACGGUGCCCUCCCACGAGAACGGUGUUCCAACAAACCACUCCUUCUUCAGAGAAACUGAAACUUAACUCGAGAAAAUGGCUUACAAUAGGGAACUGUUCGACUGCGCCAUUUGUUUACAGUUACUGGAAGAUCCAGUAACGACAGCCUGUGGACACAGUUACUGUAUGAAAUGCAUCAAUGCCUUCUGGGAUACAAAUACGGCGAGAGGAGAUUCCACUGCGUGCCCUCAUUGUAGGCAGACCUUCAGCCCAAGGCCUGUUCUGAAGAAGAACGCACUUCUGGCUGAACUGGUGGAUCAACAGAGAGAGAAAACCAGUCGAAAUGCUAAUGCUGAUGCUGAUGAUGAUGAUGGUGAUGAUGAUGGUGACUCCUAUGCUGCGCCUGGUGAUGUGCAGUGUGAUGUUUGCACAGGGAGAAAACGAAAAGCAUGCAAGUUCUGUUGUGUGUGUUUGGCCUCUUACUGCAAGACUCAUCUGCAGCCCCAUGUUGAGGUGCGGCCUCUACAAAAACACAGUCUGAUUCCUGCCUCAGCCAAGUUCAAAGAGAACAUCUGUAGUCGUCAUGACAAACUUCUGGAGGUGUACUGUCACUCUGAUCAGCAGUUCCUGUGCCUACUGUGUAUGGUUGAUGAACAUAAAGGACAUGACACUGUUACUGUUACAGCAUUAGAAUGUGUGAAGCAGAGACAACUGAAGAGGAUGAGAGAGGAAAUUCAAGACAGAGUGCUGAGUUCAGAGAGGAAAAUGGCAAAACUGAACGAUGCCAGAGACUCUAUAAAGGAUGCUGCGUGGGAGGUGUGUGAUGACUUUGAGCGACUCUGUGCGGAGCACAUUACUGUAUACGUCCGGUCUGUGGAGAGGAAGUGCUGUGAGAUGAGAGAGAAAGUAGGAGAAAUGGAGAAAGCCGGAGUCGACUGGACCAACAGUCACCUCUGGCAACUGCAGCGUGAAGUGUCUGAACUGAGGAGAAAAGAGGAUCAACUCAACCAGCUUUUAUCAACAGAGGACCCCAUUCAGUUUCUUCGGGAUUUCCAGGCCCUAGGAGACCUCCCUGUAUUUACCGACUCGCAUGACAGACUUGACACAUUAGCAGAGUUUGUCACUACACAAAAAGACAAACUUAAAAACAUGUGCAACAAAGAAAAGAAAUUAUUCAUUUGUUCUGGAAGCAAUGUGUUGUUACGGGUACUGAGACAGCAAGAGGAAAUAACAUCAAGAACACACCUUUUGUUUGAUUACAAGAACUCCAGGGUGGAGGUUGAUCCCCACACAGUAGCAGCAUGUCUUCACUUGUCAACUAGUAACACAAUGCUGUCUUGGAGUGAUAAAGACCAGGGUCAUCUUGAUCACACUAACAGAUUCACCUACUAUCACCAGGCUCUGUGCACAAAGGGCCUUGAGGGCAACCACUACUGGGAGGUGGAGUGGGAUGGUGGCAUUGUUGAGUUGGCUGUGUCGUACAAAGGCAUUAACAGAAAGGGUUCAGGUAAAGACUGCUGCUUUGGCCACAAUCAUCUGUCCUGGAAAUUAACCUGCUCCCCUUCUGGCUGCAUGUUUUGGCACAAUAACCUUCACAAAGGUCAGAUUCCUCCAGCUACCUCCCGCAGAGUAGGCGUCCGCCUUGAAUAUGCAGCAGGACAGCUGGGGUUCUACAGUGUUUCUGACCCUGACAGGCUGACACUUCUGCACCAAGUCCAGACCACCUUUACUGAACCUCUCUAUCCCGGGUUUUCUGUUGAUUUAGGUGCAACACUGAAAAUAUGCAACAUUUAAUUCAGCCCGCAUUGAUAAACAUUAGCUUUGGGACUGAUUGCACAUUUACAUUUCAUUUUUGAUUUAAUGAUUCAGGGAUAGUAUGAAAAUUUAGCUUCUGAAUGAGACAGUUAUGUACACAACGAUUAAUGACGGGCAGCAUAUUGGUUCAUGAUGAUUAUGAAUGAAAAUUGUGGAAAACAAUUAGAUUUUGUUUUUCCCCCCUCUUAAUCUUUAAAUUGUUUUUUGAUUUUUAUGGAUGUAAUUUGGAUCAUUAAUUAGCAAAUGUAAGGCCUGUUCAUUGUCGGUGAUAAAUAGACUAAAUGAAAUGAAUUUGGGAGAUUGGAAAAACAAAAUCAUUUUACACACGUUGAGUCAUGUCAGAAAAGCUCAACUGACUGACGGUUGAGAAUAAUUUAAGACUGUUCUUAUAAAUUUUAAAAAAAUGUGCCAAUGUAUGAAAUGAAAUGUAUGAUGAAAGACCACUAGUUCAGCAAAUUGUACUUUCAUUUUAAGACUGAGUCAUAACACUUUGUUCUUUGUGCUGUAUGGAAUAAUAUCCCUUAAAACUAGCAACUCAUCACAUCAGAGCACAGUUUAAAGAGUUUCUCAGUACCUUCUUGUAUGUUAGAGGAUCACAAUGGAAACAAGCCAUUUAAGCUUUAUUGUUAACCCUCAACAGCUGUAAUUGCAGCUGCGCUUGCGGUGUAAUUUUAAUGAUCAGUCAAAGAAGCAGAAUGACUUAGUUUGAAUGUUGUAGUUUAAUAUACUAAAGUAAAUGACCAUGAUUUGCAAAUGAUAUACUGUUUACUUAAUCUGCUAUUAUUUACAUUUGCAGUUCAGAUUUGAUAACAUAAUAAGUGACAUUUGAUUAUAUGU